GAAAAAGUUGAAGAAGUUUGAGAUUUAAGCAAAUCCAGGAAAAAAGGUUUAGACUGUGAGUGUGUGAACUCGGAAGAUCUAUGAGGAGCGACGGGAUCUUGGGAGUAGGAGGAGGUUCGGAUCAGAAUCGAGCAACGGCCGACGCCGUCGCGAGUAGACGAAGAUGGCUAAAGAGGCGAGAAACGUGGCUCGUGGUUCUCGGCGUAGCUCUCCACGCCGUUUACAUGUUAAGUAUAUUCGACAUUUACUUCAAGACGCCGAUAGUCCACGGGAUGGAUCCUGUGCCUCCGAGAUUCUCUGAGCCGCCGGCGAAGCGACUUGUUCUUCUCAUCUCGGAUGGACUACGAGCUGACAAGUUCUUCGAGCCGGACGUGGACGGCAAAUACAGAGCACCCUUCUUGAGGAAUGUAAUCAAGAAUCAGGGGCGUUGGGGAGUGUCUCAUGCUCGUCCUCCCACAGAAUCUAGACCUGGGCAUGUUGCUAUUAUUGCUGGAUUCUAUGAAGAUCCUAGUGCUGUCACAAAAGGAUGGAAAGCUAAUCCUGUUGAAUUUGAUUCUGUUUUUAACCGGAGCAGGCAUACAUUUGCUUAUGGGAGUCCGGAUAUUAUCCCUAUAUUCUGCAGUGCAUUACCUCAUAGCACUUGGAAUUCUUAUCCGCACGAGUAUGAAGACUUUGCAACAGAUGCCUCCUUUUUGGACGAGUGGUCUUUUGAUCAAUUUGAGAGCCUUCUGAAUAGGUCUCACGCAGAUCCAAAGUUGAAAGAGCUGCUCCACCAGGACAAACUUGUUGUAUUCCUUCACCUUCUUGGUUGCGAUUCCAAUGGUCAUGCACAUCGGCCAUACUCAUCGAUCUAUCUCAACAAUGUCAAAGUUGUUGAUAAGAUAGCUGAAAGGGUCUACCAUCUCUUGGAGGAUUACUACAGAGACAAUCGCACUUCUUACAUCUUUACUGCUGAUCAUGGGAUGAGCGACAAAGGAAGUCAUGGAGAUGGGCAUCCUACAAAUACUGAUACUCCAUUAGUUGCUUGGGGAGCUGGGAUUAAAUAUCCGAACCGCUCUCUGCUUUCGAGCUUUUGACAUGUUUAUGCUAUGGUACAAUAUUUUUAUACUGGUAGAAAAAUUGUUAGUUAUAUUCAUAGUUCAAUCAACUUCUUUUACUGUGUUUGGAUUUCGUUUCUUAGCAUUAUUUAUGCCUUUUUUGUCUUGGGUAUGGUCUCCUUGACAAAAUCAGAUAUAAAAAGGUCAAAUUCCUUGUUUUUCAAGCCAUUCAAGCCGUUGGUCGACCAUUCCUCAUCGCUGAGUCAGAUUGAUGAGUUAAUUUCUUCCAAACGUUAUGAAGCUGCAAUGAAAUUGGCUGUGGACCUCAGAAACUUGUCAUUAGAAGGCCUUCAUUAUUUCCAAACGUAUGACUGGCUAAUGCUGAUGACUGUUAUUACCCUUGGAUACUCUGGAUGGAUGAUCGUACUUGCCCUGCAUGUCCUGCAAUGUUAUAGUUCACUCUCAGGAGAUUUGUCCAGAAAAGGACAGUUAUCUGUGCAGAAAAAAGACUCUGGAAAAGUCUAUUUAUCAGGGUGUCUACUUAUGGCAAUUCUCUCUGUGCUAAAUCUGGUGGAGCACUCUCCCCCUCUUUACCAUGCAUAUAUUGGAAUGACGGUAUUUCUAUGGACACAGAUUUUUAGCGAACAUCGGUUAUUAAGAGGGUUGUGGAGAUAUCUGAGGGAGAGGAAGGCUGGCUACUUCAUCAAACUUCUAUUCGCUGCAGCUGUAUCAGUUGUCGUUGUGGAAUUAUUGGUUCAUAGCUUCACUGAGAGAAAGCUUUACACUUGGUUUUUCUUGAUAGCAGGUUUUGUGGCUUCAAUUUUGCUGCACGUUUCAAUUCCAUGGAGAUCUGGGAUACCAUUUUUUGUCUGUAUUUCUUGUUGGUUCCUGUCUGUCUUCACUCUGAUGCCAGCUGAAAUUCCUGAUAAUAAUAACCUAGUAGUUAUAAGUGGAGCUAUCAUCAUAGUAGUAAGCCUCGCUGCGAAGUGGCUAGACACACAUGCAGAAGGGAACAAAUUUUGGCAGAGUAUCACUUUUCAUGAAAGCAGGAAGCCGAUGUGCUCCAUGCUAUAUUGCAUACAGAUUCUUUUGGUUGGAGUUUCGUCGGUGAUGGUGUUUCUGUCGACAAAGCACCGAACACAGAAUCAAGAACUACAUUCGUCACACCAGUUCAUAAACUGGUUAGUUGCCGGUUCUUCAAUGGUUCUUCCGUUGUUUUCAGGAAAUGGCAUCCUUUCACGAUUAAGUUCAAUAUUUCUUGGUUUUGCGCCUCCAUUCCUUCUUCUGUCUAUUGGGUAUGAAGCUGUCUUUUACAGUGCUCUUGCCGUCGUACUUAUGGCAUGGAUAUUGUUUGAGAACGCUUGUCGUUAUUCUAGCAAAGCGAAAGAUUCAUCUAUAUUAGAACAAAACACAGAGGAACAUGUCACAAUCGGAAGCGACGAGAGAUACUUGCAGCUAUCUGAUGUGCGGAUUCCUUUGAUUUUUAUGGUUUUAUUCAAUGUCACUUUCUUCGGAACUGGGAAUUUUGCGAGUAUAGCGAGUUUUGAGAUAUCAUCUGUAUAUCGGUUCAUCACAGUCUUCAGCCCCUUUCUGAUGGCAGCUCUUCUUAUAUUCAAGCUCUUCAUACCGUUCAUGCUUGUCAUAUGUGCGUUCAGUGCAAUAACGAAAUUAGUGAGAGUGCCAAGACUUGGAUGUUACUUCCUUGUGAUCUUGUUUUCAGACAUAAUGACGAUACAUUUCUUCUUCCUGGUGAGAAACACAGGAAGCUGGAUGGAAAUAGGGAAUAGUAUAAGCCAUUUUGGGAUUGUAAGUGCUCAAGUGGUCUUUGUGCUUUUACUCUUUGCGCUCACAAACCUCUACACCAGAACCAUCCGAGUUAAGCCGCUCUCAACCUCCCCUUCUCUCAAAACCCUCUGAUUGCUAGAGAGAAUGAGAAAUCAGGUGGGGAAACUUUUAUGACAUCAUAAUGUAGCACAUCAAAUCUUAGCUAAGUCCAGGAAAUUAUAUAAUAUCAUUUGCUCUACGAA